CCCUUACUGAGGUUGUGACCUUUGGUCAGGUUUUCUCGGCCUUCGCCUGAGCCCCUUCCAAGGUGGUGACCUUCGGUCAGGUCUGCUCGGUCUUUUCCUGAGCCCCUUACCGAGAUUGUGACCUUCGAUCAGGUCCACUCGGCCUUCGCCUGAGCCCCUACUGAGGUUGACCUUCGGUCAGGCCCACUCGGCCUUUGCUUGAGUCCCCUACUUGGUCGAAUCCAUGCGCGGCGAUACGCUCGUGUGCUUUGCUCGAGUGUACUUCAGGAAUCCCUCGCCGAUGACAUGUACUGCAUUUAAUAAGGCUAGAGAGUCGUAUCGAUGCGCUGUUGCCUAUAAAUAGUGUCACUCUCUCAUUUUGUCAUCUUCUACUCAUUUCUUUGACCCUUCGUCCUUCGUCCUUAACUUUCCUCUGAUAUUCGGUUCAGCCAGUCAUUCAGAAGUAAGUCAUGUCUUGCUCUUUAGCUAGUGGACCCUCGUCAUUCAAGGGCGUAGUUUCUAGGCGUCGGAGUCCCGGUCAAGUCCGGGGGAUGUCCUCGGACUCGUCCUCCACAUCCACAUCUUCGGAUGUCUCCUCGUCCUCUACCGCUAGUGACAUGAGUGGUGGAGGUAUUAGGGAGGGGCUUCUCGACUCCAGGGCCCAGGCAAACGAGUCCCUGGAGGACGAAGCUAGGAAUAUAGUUUCGACCAUGACCGAGGAGGAGCUAAUGGAGCUCCGCACGUCAUGUAGUAUCCCGAACGAGUUCCUCCUUCGGAUACCGAGGCCCGAAGAUAGAGCAAGCUACCGAAAUCCUGAAGAGCUUUGCUUCUAUCGGGAUGCCUUCAAGGUUGGGCUUCGGCUUCCCCUUCACCCCUUCUUCAGCCAGGUGUUUCGGCACUAUAGCAUCUCUCUAGCCUAGCUGACCCCGAACGGGGUGGCUCAAGUCCUCAGUUUCAUCAUCUUCUUCUCUCGGAUGGGGAGACCUCUCUCCCUUCCUCUCUUCCUCAACUGUAUGUCUCUCAGUUCCAGUAAGGGGGACUUGGGCUGGUACUACUUCUGCCCUAGGAAAGACCUUCGAUUCCUGAGCCGAUACCCAACCUCGAUUCACGAGUGGAAGUUAAAGUUCUUUUUUGUGAGUGUCCGAAGGGUUCCCCUUUGGUAAUACUUGGGACGUCCCAGACCUAAGGACAUGAACUCUGCACCUACCCUCUUUGGGACGGAUGCAGAGUCACUGUCGAUGACCAAGGAUAAGGCCCUCCGUCGGCUUGUUGAGUCCAGUAGCCUCCAGUCGGAUGCCUUCCUGUUCCUGUUCGGGCUUAGCUCGGGUGAGUCCUAGGUUUGCACUUAUUUUUGUUUCGGAUUUUGCAUUCCCGUACUGAUCUUGACCCUCUUUGUUGCAGUGCGAAUUUCGAGAGCAGAAGCCAGAGCUGCCACGGCCGAGAGACAGGCCAAGCUGAAGGAAGCCAGGGCCCAAGACGCCCAGCAGAGGCAGUUGAAGAAAGGUAAGAAAAGAGGGGCUACGACUUCCAACUCCCUCCCAAAGAAGAAGCCUAGAUCCGAAGAUCCUACUGCCGAAGCUGUUCAGGCCCUGGAGGCCCUAAGCCGCGACCCAUCCCCUCCGAGAGCCUCCUCCUCUGGUGCUGACUUCCAAAGCCCGAGAGGCAGUCAUUCUCAGGCCAAAGUCGGGUUCGUCCCUUGGUGGUCCAUCAAGGUGGGCGAGACACUUUCUAUUGGGCGGGUUGCCCGAGAGCUCGUCCAGAAGGGGAGCCUGCCAAGAGAUGCGGCCGAGGCCCAAAGCCAAGGGACCAAGGCCAUGAUUACAAGCACUUGCGUGUUUAUGGCAGCGGCUCAGAACCAAGUCAGCCAACUGACCAUCUGGGCCGAAGCCCUGGUUAGGGACCUCGAGGUGUCCGAACGCGAAAAGUCGGCACUCGACAAGGAGCUUACAGUCCUCCUCGAGAAAGUGGAGCAUCUGGAGGCCGACCUCCGCGCACAGCAGGAGAAUGAUCAAAAGCUCAGGGAACUGGAGGCGCCGAUGGUCGCGAAGCUGAGGGAGGCUGAAGCCCGAGCCGUUAAGAGCUACAAGUCCUCUGAGGACUUUCGGGAGGUGGUAAAGCGCGCGAUCGCACCCGGAUUCAUCAUGGGUGCCACCGAUGAUCGAGACUGGGUCCUCGAACAUCAUCUCGAGGUAUCAUUUGAGGGGAGUGGCCUGAUCUUUGAUGACGCCGAUGUAGCUCCUGCCGCCACUGAGGUCGCAAAUGGCGUGGAUAGCGGCAGUGAGGGAGAGGGGGUCCAGGCUUCUCGCGAGGUCCCUCUUACUCCCGGGAGAGGAGACUCCGAUGUAGACGUUGCCGACUAUGCCGGGGACUAGGCCAUCCCUCCCGCAGACGCUCCAUGAGGCUUCUCUUAGCCUUUUUUUUUUUUUUUAAAUUUUAGCCUUCGGGCAUCUUAAUGUAAUUCUGGCCUUCGGGCGUCUUAAUGUAAUUCUGGCCUUCGGGCGUCUCUAUGAAUGAAAUGUUUUUUGU